AUGAGGGCGCCCGAUCAGCCACGCCGCGGGCUGUCCCGGUGGCAUUUCGACAUCGACAAGUACCUCAACCCCUUCAUCCCGACGUCCGCUAUGCCCCGUCUACCCGCCUCUGUCGCGCACUUCCUCGGGUACCGCACCCACGCGCCAAUGCACCCGCUCGGGAACCUGGCCAUGAUCUUCUGGGCCGUCAUUGGCGUCUUUUGCAGCCUGGCUGUCAUCGGUGCCGUGGCACGGGCCGUGCCCGAAUUUCAGUCCCGCGGCGUGCCCACCAUCAUUGGGAGUUUUGGCGCAGCCGCCGUCCUAGACUUCUACGCCAUCGAAUCCCCCCUCGCCCAGCCGCGCAACGCAAUCCUAGGCCAGCUCAUCUCGGCCCUGACGGGCAUCUCGAUCUGCAAGCUCUUCGCCCUCUCGCCUCACUUCGAGGCCGUCCGCUGGCUGGGCGCGUCGCUGGCCUGCGCGUGCGCCACGGCCCUCAUGGCGCUAACGGGCACCGUGCACCCGCCCGCAGGCGCCACCGCGCUCAUGGCCGUGCUCGAGCCCGAGGUCGCGAAGCUGGGCUGGUUCUUGGUGUUGCCGCUGCUGUUGGGGUGUGGGUUGAUGUUGGGGGUUGCUCUGCUGGUGAAUAACGUGCAGAGGAGGUUUCCGUUUUAUUGGUGGAGCCCCGGCGAGACGGGCACGUACUGGCGGCGGAGGAAGGGGAAGGAGGGUGAAGUUGAAACGAACGAGGCGAGACUUGAGAAGAGUGUCAGGCAUAGGAGGAGGGAUGAGGAGGAGGAGGUUGAGUCGAGCGGGAGUAGUACUGCUGGUGGGAGCAUUAGGGAUUUGGAGACGGGCGGCGAGCUGGCCAGGACGGUGUCGGUGAUGAGUGGGAAAGGCGGUGUGAUAGUGAUUAGACGGGGCAUGGUCAAGAUCCCGGAUGGGUUGAGUCUCAGGCCCGAGGAGAUCUUGUCGCUGGAGACGCUCAGCGAGCGGCUGUGA